AUGGAGGCUACAGGGGCUAUAGAUUUUGUCGCUGACCCUGCAGCCCUGGCCACCAUCCUGUCAGGUGAGGGGGUGAAGAGCUGUCCCCUGGGGCGCCAGUCCAGUCUGGCUCAGAGAGUGCUAGUUCGAGGGAGCAAGGGAGGCCCGACCCGGAGGGGCCAGAUUGCUCGGUCUUCAGCAUACCUGGCUCCCAGGACCCCCAUCCAUCAACCAGAUCCUGCUAGGGCUUCCUGCUUCUCGAGACUGGAGGGAUCAGGACCCCGAGGCCGCACUUUGUACCCACAGAGCUUAGAGGCUCUGAAUCCACCUUCAGGACCUUCCUCAACUCGCCCCAGUUUACAGGAACUAAGAAGAGAGACAUGUGGUAACAGCAGGACUUCCACAAGCCAGCCCUCCAGCUCGCUCCCGAAGACCCCCGUUCAGCCUGCAGAUGUCCUGUCUCCUCCUUCUUUACCCCUCACAGGAGAAGCUGAGGCUGUCUCUCGUUCGGGUGAGGGAAGAAGAGCUCUUCUGGGUCUGGCUCAACGGGUGCCAUUAAGAGAGACUGGAGAAAGGACGCACACCAGGACCUCAUAUUCAUCCUUGAAAAAGAUCAACGUUUGGUCGAAAACCCACUUCACACCACUCCGAUCAUUACCCAGAGUUCAGCAGCAGGCCCAGUGGCCGAGUGGCCUCUCCCCUCGUCUCUCCCCUGAAGAGCCUGCCCUGCCCUGGGAGCAGCUUGCUGUAAGGUUGUUUGACCAGGAGAGUCACAGCAUGUUACAGAAGGGAUCCGGGAAACCACCCGUGACAGGCACUUCUGGCCCUCACCCCGAUAAAACCCCCAACCUCCAGGAGUUAAAGAUGCAGCGCAUCAGUGUUCUACAGCAGCUCCUGCGACAGGAGAUAGAGGAGCUGGCAGUGGGCAAAGGUGCCCCUCUUAAUGGAGGCUCUGCUCUAGAGAUGACCGAACUUCAGCCCCAGCUGGCUGAAAUUUCUAGAACUCUGACUGCUCCAGAACACAAUUCUGGAACUUCCCUUCUCAGACUGUCGAAACACUCUGGUGUGACAGGGUCAUACCUUGCAGAAGAAUGUGAGGAGCCACAGGCUUGCCCUGGGGAGGAGACUGAGGUGGUUCAGCCCAGCUCUACCGCAGAACCAGAGCCCCCAGUGCCAUGCUGGAUAGCUGUGCCAGACCCCCCAGAGCCCCCAGAGCCUUGCCUUCCAGCACUGCCUGAACCCCAUCUGCCUCGUUCCCAAGGACAGGCUGGACCCCUUGGGGCCUGCCCUAGGAUACAGCAGAGACCAUGGGCAGCCUGCUCUCUGGAAGCUAGAAAUCCAGAGUCUAGCUCACAGUCCUGUUGCAGUCAGGGGCCUCCAGCAACCACCAGCUUGACCUUCUCUUCACAAAGCUCACUCUGUGCCAGCCCCCCUAUCCACUCACUGCAGUCUUUGAGGUCCCCAGCAGGCCAGUCAGGCCCCAGCAGUCUGGCCCCUCGAACUCUGGCUCUGAGGCAGCGCCUCAAAGCCUGCCUCACCGCCAUCCACUGCUUCCAUGAGGCUCGCCUGGAUGAUGAGUGUGCCUUCUACACUAGCCGAAUCCCGCCUCCUGGGCCCACCCGGGUCUGCACCAACCCUGUGGCCACGCUGCUUGAAUGGCAGGAUGCCCUGCGUUUCGUUCCAGUGGGUUCUGUGGUCCCACAGGACUCUCCAUCAUGA